AUGAGUAAAAAACCGAUCGUCCGCGCAAAACAAUGGCAACUAGACAUCCUAAAGAAAAUGCACGCAGAGGAGGCUCGGCCGUCAACUUCUCAAAGACAUCAACUGGCUAUGGAGACUGGCCUGGAUGAAGCGUGGAUCAGGAACUGGUUUAUGAGAAAAAACAGGGUGCCUCGUCCUCCGGUUCAGACGCGCCCUGAGGGACCGCUAGUGCAUAUAAUCAAGCUGGAUCCGCCUCAACCCGACACCUCGACCUGCUCUGACGCGCCAAGGGAAGGUCCCUCUCUUUCGCAUCCUGUCGUGACCCAGAAAAUGUCGAUUCUUCCUCCAACAUCAGAAUCACUUCUCGCUUCGGUCGGCAGAGCGGACAGCGCUAAGUCGACGUGGAGGCUAGCAUCCGGAUACAGUCUCCCACACUCGGUCGAACCCCGUUCUGUCGGCUACACCUCAGACGCGACACCUGCCUUGGCAAUCGGAUCCAGUUCAAGGUCAUCCUACUCGUCCUUGGGAAAGGAAAAGGUAUUACAGCAGAAUACGAGAGCGUGGCGAUACUCCAGGGACCCGCUUCACAACCGAUACCCAGAUUUUUCAAAGUUCUUCCUUCCCGCAUCUUCCGACACCAUCGGCGACGCUGCCAAAAUGCCCGAGUUUUCAUCUAUCGCCAUGCCGUCCUUGACACACAAUCCUUCGAGUACCGAUACUGCACUGUCUCUGGAUUCCACCUUUUCUACCAUGCAGUUACGCAAGAUGCACAAGACUCGCCAUCUCCCGGUCAUUGAGGCUGCACCCAAGCAUGAAUGGUUCUUCCGAGCGGGUUUGUAG